UCCCUGCCAGAGCUCUGACUCACGCUCCCCAUUACCAAAUUUUUUCCGCCUCACAGCUGCUUAGUGCAGUGUGUGUGUGUGUGUAGUACCCCUCCUCCACCCAAGCCUUGACCCUUAGUCCUUUCAACCCCCGACCCGUUUCCUAAGGAGACACACAAGUUCAACCACCGGUCCCUCAGACGGGGCUGGGGACUUUGUGCACAAAUCUGCAGGGCGGGGGGGAGGUGUUGGAGAGAGGGGUUUCUCAGUCUCUUUUUCCAGUCCAGGAAGUCCUUCCUGGUGUCUGGCUGCAAGCCCUCUUGCUGCAUCGUGAAUCCCAGAUGUGCUAGGUCCCCAGCCCCAGGAGCUGAUGUGAAUUUACCCUCAAUCCCCUGUACUGUGGUCCCACCACACUUCCCUGGCUGGACAAAAGAGGAGGCAGAUGGGUGGGCGCCCCACCCAUGGCCCCUGCUGUCCCCCCAGGCACACCCCUGUCUGGAUCCUUCCCUGCAGCCUGCUGCCCCUUAAGCAUCUCUAAGUACAGCACGCCUGGCCAGCGUCUCCCGUGUGGGUGUUUGCAGUUGGACACCCUCCCUCCCGCCUGCCACCGCCCUCCUCCCCAGGCCUCAGCCGAGGGCCAGCCCCCUCCCCGCCCCCCCUCCUGUCCCCUGCUGCCUCCUCGGCAGCCUCUCUUCCUCCUGGCAAAGCGUCCAGCCCCUGCCUGCUCCUCCGCGGGUCCAGGUCCUGGGCGCCUCCACAGGCGAGUCCCUCCCUCCUUCUCUCCCUCCCUCCCAACAGUGGCCACCACCUCCUCCCCUCUCUCCUGCUCCUGUCCCCUUUCACCCCAUCCCUGCCCGGACUCUGCAAACAUGAGGGUCUUGGCCUGCCUCCUCGUGGCUCUGAUGGGGAUCCAGGCUGUUGAGCGGCUGCGUCUGGCCGAUGGCCCCCAUGGGUGCGCUGGUCGCCUGGAGGUGUGGCACACUGGGCGCUGGGGGACCGUGUGUGACGACGGCUGGGACCUGCGGGAUGCCGCCGUGGCCUGCCGGGAACUGGGCUGUGGUGGGGCGCUGGCCGCCCCUGGAGGCGCCUUCUUCGGGGAGGGCGUGGGGCCCGUGUGGCUGAGCGAGCUGGCUUGCCGGGGCAGUGAGCGGCAGCUGGGCCUCUGCCCCCACCGCGGCUGGAAGGCCCACAUCUGCUCCCACGAGGAGGACGCCGGCGUCGUCUGUGCAGGUCAGCGUGUGGCCGACUCCAGGGACCAGGACAACACACCUUCCAUCCUGGAUGGGGACCCCUGGCCGGGGCUGUCUGGGGAGCUGAGCCCUGGCUCUGAGGAGCCCCCCGUGACGCAUGCCCCCCGCCCAGCCGGGACCCCCCAGAACAGCUCCCGGAAGAAGAGCUCCCGGCCGCCCAAGCAGGCCAAGUCCACUAGGGCUCCUUUGCUGACUGCUGGAGCCCCCCGCCAGGAGCGGCUGCGCCUGGUCUCCGGCCCCCAUGGGUGCUCGGGCCGCCUGGAGGUGUGGCACGGCGGACGCUGGGGGACCGUGUGUGACGACGGCUGGGACCUGCGGGAUGCUGCUGUGGCCUGCCGGGAACUGGGCUGUGGGGGUGCUCUAGCUGCCCCCGGAGGGGCCCGAUUCGGCCCGGGUUCAGGGCCCGUGUGGAUGGACGACGUGGGGUGCGGAGGCGGAGAGCAGGCCUUGCGGGACUGUCCCCGAAGCCCCUGGGGCCGGAGCAACUGUGACCACACAGAGGAUGCAGGGCUGGUCUGUACCGGCCCGGCCCCUCGGCUGCGUCUGGCCGAUGGCCCCCAUGGGUGUGCUGGCCGGCUGGAGGUGUGGCACGCCGGGCGCUGGGGGACAGUGUGUGAUGACGCCUGGGACCUGCGGGACGCCGCUGUGGCCUGCCGGGAGCUGGGCUGCGGGGGGGCGCUGGCCGCCCCCGGAGGCGCCUUCUUUGGGGAGGGGGCUGGACCCAUCCUCCUGGAUGAUCUUCGCUGUCGGGGAAACGAGACAGCCUUGCGGUACUGUCCGGCGAGGCCCUGGGGCCAGCACGACUGUCAUCACCGGGAAGACGCCGGGGCUGUGUGUGAUGGUAUGCCUCCCGGAUACGUCCCUCCCACGGCCCUGCCCCCCACGGCGAGCCAGGCCCCUCGGACAGCAGGCAUUUCUCCUCCACCUGCCUCCCCUGCUGCCCCUCAGGAACCUGGGCCGGAAGCUGGGUCCCCCCGACUGCGCCUGGUGGCCGGGCCCAGCAGGUGCUCAGGCCGGCUGGAGGUGUGGCAUGCCGGGCGCUGGGGGACCGUGUGUGACGACAGCUGGGACCUGCGGGACACGGCCGUGGUCUGCCGGGAGCUGGGCUGCGGGGGGCCUCGGCAGCCAGACCCUGCUGCUGGCCGCUUUGGCUGGGGCGCCGGCCCCAUCUGGCUGGAUGACGUCAGAUGCACAGGGACUGAGGCGUCCCUCGCCAACUGUCCCGCCGCCCCCUGGGGGAAGCACAACUGUGCUCAUAAUGAGGACGUUGGAAUCACCUGCACUGGAACCCCCGGCCUGGACUCCAUCUCAGACCCCUUCAGUUGGAGCUGGAUCCCUGGCCUGGGUAGAGACCCGGAUGCCUGGCUCCCAGGGGAGCUGGCCACCAAGCCCCCUGCCAGACUGACCCCCAGUGUGCUGGAGAAAACCACCAAGGCCCCAGGGAAAAUGCCCAAGAGCACAAAGAAGUGGGUGACCAAGACUGCAAAGAGACCAGCCACUCAGCCUCCCGUGAUGCCGACCACUAAACACUCCAGGGUCCAGGGCACUCGGAGUCCCCUAGAACUGACCUUGAGGACCACUACCGCCCGGACCAUGGAGGCCUCUCGGAGACCAACCUCUGAGUUUACCACAAGGCUGACCACUGAGACCUCUCACACGCUGACCUCACACACUCCUGUGACUCGGACUCCCCGGGCCCCCCGGGAACGGACCUUUAAGACUGUGGCAACACCGACCACUCAAGGCCCCCAAGAAAUGACCUCUGAGGCCACCGUGGAGCCAUCGGCCAGGAUCCCAGAAGGUUCUCCAGAGUCAUCCAAAGACCCAGCCCCCUCCCCCACUGGGGGAUCAGUAGGCCUGUUCCGAGUUCGUCUGGCUGAUGGGCCCAACCGGUGUGCUGGCCGGCUGGAGGUGUGGCAUGCUGGACGCUGGGGCACCGUAUGCGAUGACAACUGGGACCUGCGGGAUGGCACCGUGGCCUGCUGGGAGCUGGGCUGUGGGAGAGUCCGGCCCCGAGUGGGCAAAACCCACUAUGGCCCUGGGACCGGGCCCAUCUGGCUGGAUGACCUGGGCUGCAAGGGAAGCGAGACCUCGCUGAGCGACUGCCCCGCAAGGCCGUGGGGUCAGCAUAACUGUGACCACGAGGAGGACGUGGGGCUCACUUGCACUGGCUACACAGACGAGGAGGAUUACCCACCAUGGACCUGGGACCCCACGUCGGGAGAGGACCUGGCCAAGAGGACCACCACCGCAGGGAUGCCUGGACACAUUCUCUCCCGGGGCACCACCGGGCGCCCAGGGGUCCCCUCCCCAGCAACGAGGCGCCUUCCUGGCACAGGUUCCGCAAGGAAGCCGUGUAUGGAGCGCCGCCUGCAAUGGCCCACUGUGGCCAGGACGGUGCCCCCCGCCCCUUCCUCACCUCCCCCCGCCUCGUCGGGGCCCCCGGGCCCUCUGCUGACUUCUGACUCCACGCCGCAGUUCAUCCCCGCCGCCACCGUUUCAACACUGGAGGUGACCUCUGGCCUUCCUGCCACCUUGCCACCCAGCCCAGAAUCGGCCUCCUGGGUGAACUCUCACCACACCUUGACAACCCCUGGCCUUAUCUUGUCCACCCCCGAUGCCACCGUAGUUCCAGCGCUGACCCCUGGGCUUCCACCCACCCUACCGCCCACCCCUCCCAAAGAACUGACCUCUGACCCCUCUGUACCGGCAGCGGUGACCCGCCUUUCUCCUACCUCAGAGCUAUCACCGGAAUCUCACACAACCCCAGGCUGGGACACAACUCCAUACCCCAGCACAGUCCCAGAACCUCCCAGUUCCCCAGACCCCUCCACAAGCCCUGACCCCACAGCCACCAUAACCUCUCACGCUGCCACUACCUCUCACCCCACUGCCACCCUUUACCCCACCACGACCUCUCACCCCACCAUGACCCCUUACCCCACCACGACCUCUCACCCCACCACGACCCCUUACCCCACCACGACAUCUCACCCCACCAUGACCCCUUACCCCACCACGACCUCUCACCCCACCAUGACCCCUUACCCCACCACGACCUCUCACCCCACCACGACCCCUUACCCCACCACGACCUCUCACCCCACCACAACCCCUUACCCCACCACGACCUCUCACCCCACCAUGACCCCUUACCCCACCACGACCUCUCACCCCACCACAACCCCUCACUCCACCAUGACCUCUCACCCCACCACCACCCCUUCCCCUCCCCCCACCCCUCAUCCCAUCACCACUGCUCACCCCAGCACAGUCCCUCACCCCAUCACAACCCCUGAGCCCACAACGACGUCUCGCCCUGCCACAACCCUUCAUUCUGCCACAACCCCUCACUCUGCCACAACCCCUCACUCCACCACAACCCCUCAACCCACCACAACCCCUUACCCUGCCACAGCCCCUCAUUUUGCCACCACUACUUACCCCACCAUGACUCCUGACCCCACCUCAACCCCUGUGAUCACUACCAAGUCCCUUCUAACUUCCUUGGGAACAGAACUUCCCUCUCCCUCUCUGGCACCAACAGUCAAGCCCAGCCUGCACCCCCAAUUGACCUUCACAGGGGCUCCUCUCCCCUCCACAUCCGAGAUAUGGAGCCCAGAGCCCUCUCCAGCGUCAGAGCCCAGCCCCUCCAGGCCCUCUCCAGUCCCAAGCAUGGACACACUGUCCACUGAGAACUUCACUCAACCUAGAAACCAGAGCCCCAAACUAACGUCUCCACCUACUCAUACUCCACACUCAGCCUCUGACCUCACUGUGACCCCUGACCCGCAUCUGCCCCCUAUUGCUCACCCCUUGGAUCAACCUCCUCCUGACCACCUCACCCUAGGGCCAACUCCUGGCCAGAGCCCAGGCCCCCUUGGCCCAUGUGUGGCCCCAGUGCCACCUGUAAGGGUCAUGGCUUGUGAGCCACCUGCCUUGGUAGAGCUGGUGGCCGCUGUGAGGGAUGUGGGUGGCCAGCUGCAGAGGCUGACCCAGGCCCUGGAGCGGGACCAGCAGGAGCGCCAAGCCCUGGGACUGGGGUUGGCCCAGCUGGUGGAGGCUGCCCAGGGUCUGGGGCAUCUGAGUGAGGUUGUGAAGAGACUGGCAGAGGUGGCCUGGCCCCCCACCACAUCUGCACCAACCACUACCACCCCAGAGGAGGAGGAGAGGCCUCUGAGGGGAGAUGUGUGACCCUACCUGAGAUUUGAGAGACUUAAGACACUCCCAAACCAACAAAGGAAAACCAAAGUAUCUAAUUAAAAACAAAACAUGAAUGAUGUUUCUGGAGGACUGGGGCAGAUGGAGUCUUGAGAUUGAUCUAUUUGUGAAUACCACAGUCACCAUGCAAGAUGGCGAUGAUGAUGGUGAGGAUGAUGGUGAAGAUGAUAAUGGUGAUAUUAUGAUGAGGAUAAAAGUGAUGAUGGUGAUGAUCAUUAUGAUGAUAA